CUCACAGCUGUAAACAACCAGAAACACCAACUCAUGCUAAUGUUGCAGGAAUGGACCUUCCCUCACUUGGUUAUACAUUGAUUUAUACUUGUCAGCCAGGCUUCUUCCUGGCGGGAGGAUCAGAGCAUAGAGCCUGUAGGUCUGAUGGCACAUGGUCUGGGAAAGUUCCAGUUUGUGAAGCUGGUUCCAAAAUAUUAGUUAAGGAUCCUAGACCAGCUUUGGGAACACCAAGUCCCAAACUAAGUGUUCCUGAUGAUGUAUUUGCCCAAAAUUAUAUAUGGAAAGGAUCUUACAAUUACAAAAGCAAGAAACAGCCCAUGACUUUGACAGUCACCAGUUUCAAUGCAACUUCAGGAAGAGUAAAUGCAACACUUACAAACAGCAAUAUGGAAUUGCUGCUAUCAGGAGUGUAUAAAAGCCAGGAAGCUCGGCUAAUGCUCCACAUAUAUCUCAUUAAAGCACCCUCCCAUACAUCUGUGAGCAAGUUGAAAGAGGAAAAAUGGGCUAUGGAUGGUUUUGUUUCUGCUGCACCUGAUGGAGCAACGUAUGUUUUUCAAGGAUUCAUCCAGGGUAAAGAUUAUGGACAAUUUGGACUUCAAAGAUUAGGUCUUAACAUGUCUGAGGGUUCAAAUUCUUCUAAUCAACCACAUGGUACAAAUAGUAGUUCAGUGGCCAUUGCUAUCCUUGUGCCUUUCUUUGCCCUUAUAUUUGCUGGUUUUGGCUUUUAUCUUUAUAAACAAAGGACUGCACCUAAAACACAGUAUACAGGAUGCUCUGUACAUGAAAAUAAUAACGGACAAGCUGCUUUUGAAAACCCCAUGUAUGACACAAAUGCGAAGUCUGUGGAAGGGAAAGCGGUACGAUUUGACCCCAACUUGAACACUGUUUGCACAAUGGUAUAAUGUGGUAAUGAUAUGUCUUCAAAGCCUGGAAAUUGACACACAACACGGUGCACACACAGUUCACUGAUUAAAAAAAAAAAAAAAA